ACCUCACCUCACCUCACCCCUCCACCCUAAUCGCGACUUUUCCCGUUCGCCCACCACCACGACCACCACCAGCACCACCACCCCCACCACAACCACCUAAUGCGCACCACCACGAUCCUCAAGAUGGCGUUCGCCGGCAUAGCCUGCUGCGUCGGCGGCCCCGCACUGGUGAUGUACGUGACGCCGGACCCGGACGAGCUGUUCUCGCGGUACAACCCCGAGCUGCAGGCGAAGGCGCUGUCGGAGCGCGAGCAGCGGCUCAAGGACCACGGCGAGUUCAUGGCGAAGCUGCGCGAGUACUCGAAGAGUGAUAAGCCGAUUUGGAUCGUCGCGGCGGAAGAGGAGAAGAAAGCGGCUAAGGCGAAGGCGAGGGAGAGGAAGCGCAUAAGGGAGGAGUUGGAGCAGCAAAGGUUGGAGAUAUUGGAGGAGCAGAAGCGCGGGGGGAAGUAGGACGACUGGACGAGGAGGAGGCGGCAGUGAAGGGGCGGCGGGGAAGGGGAAGGGGAAGGGGAAGGAGGCGCGGGGACGGGGCGGCUGUACCAUACUGUAUCUUACUGUACUCUACUUAUUGGCGUUGUUUGCGAUUGC